GAGUUAUCUCUUUAUCCUGUUCUUGUGGCUGAUGGCACAAGUCGCCAUGAUAUGAAACAAGGUGAUCUCAACGACUGCUGGUUUCUUUCAACACUCUCUGUGAUAGCUGAAAAACCCCAGCUCAUUUCUAAGGUCUGUAUUGCUUGCGUUGCAUUGAAUUUACUUAACAUUGAUUUCAUAUCAUUAUUUAAGUUGAUGGUAAAACAAGAAAGGAACAUAAUUGGAAUUAGAAAUACGACAAAUUGUUAGUGCCAUCCCCAUCAACACAACAACAAAUUUAAUGAUAAUGCCUGUCAUUCAUCAUGUAUUGCACGCUUAAAAUACCAGGCACUGUGGUUUCAGGAUCAGAGUAAAAAGAAGAGUUAUACCAAUUUUUGUAGCAGUCUAAGAAAGAAAUUAAUUAAAUGUAGGAUAUCUUAAAAAUAAUUAAGAUUUAAAUAAAAAAAUUGAUUGAUAGAACAAAACAACAGUUGUGCAGAUUUGAUAUUCUUAUCAUAUAUUAUUGAUUAAUUAUUUUAGCUUGAAUUGUAGGCUUUUUAUUGUAUAAUAAAUAAUCAAACUAUAAGAUUCUACUAUUUUGGCAGAUUAUUCCAGAAGACAGUAGCUUUGGCACCCCAGGUUACAAUGGAACUUUCCACUGCAGAUUCUGGCAAUUUGGCAGCUGGAUUGAUGUCUACGUUGAUGACCUGCUUCCCACAGUGGACGGCAAUCUUUUAUUUGCUAGAUCAUCUGAUCCCAAUGAAUAUUGGGUGUCCUUGGUAGAAAAGGCUUAUGCCAAGUAAGACUGUCAAUUUAUUGUGUCAUAUUUUUUUAAUAUUUUCAAAAUGAAUAUUUGUUACAUUUAAUAAAUCACAAUUUUAAGCCAUAGACUUUAUUACCUGGAGUUAGUUUUAAAUCAGGGCUUCCCCAAAAUUGGAACACAAUACGCUGUAUAGGACAAAAGUAACAGUACUGAAACUUUCACAAUUUGAAUGCAUCCUUUGUUUGUCAACGGUAACCAACUCAAAGUCACAUGUGAUUUCAUUGGUAAAAAAUAAAUAUUGGGCGGUACUUGAAAAUGGGUCUCUCAGCCGAGGAAAACAGACUUUUUCUUCCAUUGACAGAUUACAUUUCCAGAAUAGUGUUAUUUAAUGUAGUUGUUUUUUUUUAAAAUCUCUCUCGGAAUUGUUUUUCCACUUUUCUCACUUUAACCCUUUAUGUUAACUAACAUAUGAGUGAAAUUAUUGCUCUGUGAAAGACCCAUAUCCAGCAACAAUAACUGCUCAGCAUGAAAUUCUUUUCACCUCUAUGGUGACAUGGAAGCUGGAGUUAUACACUGUGCCGUUGACAAAUGCUAAUAAACAUUCAAGAUACCGGAUGUUCAGCACUGCUAGCUUUCCAACAUGCUAAAUUUAGGUGUUAAACAAAAAUGUUCAAGAGAUUUAGUUAAUUUUUGAUUCCAGAUUAGGCUUAAACCUUAAGUAAAAUCAAAUAAUGAAACAAAUAAGGAUCUUAUAACAUUUUUAUAGUUUGUUUUUUUGUUGUUUUUUUUCAAUAGUUUAAAAAAAUAACUCAUUAACUAUCAAAGCAAUAUCAAAUCUGCACAACUGUUGUUUUGUUCUUUCAAUUAAUUUUUUAUUUAUAUCCUAAUUAUUUUUAAGAUAUCCUACAUUUAAUUAAUUUCUUUCUUAGACUGCUAAAGUAAAAAUCUUGCAGAAAGUUAUUUUGAAAAUUACCAUAAAUAAGUUGGAACAAAUGGUUGGUAAGCAUAUCUUCUAGUGUUAGUAAUAAUAAUUAGACAAUCUUGAUUGUAGGAAGUAAAAGGCAGUCAACAGACAUCUUUCUUUAUCAUUCCAUUAUCUCCCAUACACACAUGGUGUAAAACCACCAAAGUACCUAACCAACAAAAAUAGCAACUAUUAUACAUAACUAUAUUUCAGACUCAAUAAAUCAUAUGCAGCGCUUGAAUACGGCUUUGAAGCUGAUGCUUACACAGAUUUGACAGGUGGUCUGGCUGAGUGGUACACACCUGCUGACCUCAGGGAAGAUGACUUUUAUCUUAUGCGGGCAGCAUUCGAAUGUGGAGCAGUCAUAGGGUGUCUCAGCCUUGUACGUUAAUUAAAAUUAUGCUUUCUUAUAAUAUUAUCUGUUCAAAAAUGUUUAACAAAAGAUUUGAAAAUGUAAAAGAUGUAGACAAACUAUUUGGAGAACUGCAACAGAAAAUUUAUGAAAAGUUACUAGUUUAAAGUGAUGUUUGCACUUAAAUUUGUGACUGUAAAAUAUGAUAUCUUUACGAAAUUAUUAUUUUUGGUUUCAUAAAAAUGGAAAAUGUUUUUGAUGAAUAUUUUUGUUCGCUCAUGAGACAUCCCAUACUAAACAAAAACAGCUUCUUUAUCCUAUAAAUAAUAGUAAUAAUAUUAUCUUCUCCUUUCCACUUCUUUUUUUUAUUAUAUUAGCCCUUAAUUUACUAUUCCAAAUUCAUUAAAGAAGUUUAUUUUCCUAAUGAAUUUUUUUUAUUUAAAAGAAUUUCACAUAAAUUUGCUAAAGAAAUCCCCCAUGUUGAUAAAUCAUGCUUUUUCACUAAUGUAGGACAGAAAGAACUUGACAAGUAAAGACAGUAGAGGUAUGGUGUCAAAUCAUUCCUAUGUGAUAACAGGGGUAGAGGAAGUGCCAUACAUUGACAGAGCAGCUAAAAUUAUACGUAUACGCAAUCCCUGGGGCGAUACUGAAUGGCAAGGUGAAUGGUGUGAUGGGUGAGUGCAUUCGAGAUAUAAGUACUGACUGACAGAAAAAAAUUAUUCUAAAUAUAACCAAAAAAAUUUAAACAAUUAAAAAUUUUUAAUCAUCUCUAAAGACGAACCAAAUCUUAAUAUUUGCGGAGCAGAAAGAAACCUGACCCUGAAGACAGGCUCCCAAAGAAGCAGAUAUCGCUCACCUUGAACAUUACCUCAUGCACAUGGGCGCGCGCAGAAACUUUACAGGGGGGGGGGGGGGGCAAAAAAAAUGGAAAAAUUUCCGGGGGGGGGGGGGGGAAAAUUUUUUUUUUUUAGUAAUGUUUUAAUAUAGUUUUAAUUUACUGUAGCGUAUUUGUAUGGUGAACGAACGGACAGGACAUUAGCUUAGCUAGUUUCUCUUUAUUUUCACUUUACUUUAAUAAAAUUUUUGUCUAAAAUUUUUUUAUCCAAUCAAUCCAGGGGGGGGGGGCAAGUGCCCCACCUUGCCACUACCUGCGGGCGCCCGUGCUCAUGCACCAGUCAGACCCUGCGGAAUGAAUGCAUCAAUUUUUUAUCGCAAUUGACUCUCUCAAGAAUUUACAAGCCCAGAAUGACUUUAUUAAUUUUUUAUUUCAAUUGACUCUCUCAAGAAUUUACAAGCCUGAAAUGUUUUUCUUCAUCAGUAAACAAAACUAUUAAUAGAUUUGUCAUGUUUUGUCACAGGGGUGAUGAGUGGCAGAGAGUCCCAGAAACAGUUAAGAGGGAGCUGAAUUUGUCAACCAAAGAUGAUGGCGAGUUCUGGAUGUCUUUCAAUGAUUUCAAGAGAGAGUAUUGCAACAUGAUUAUCUGUAACAUGUCUCCUGACUUUGACCAUGAUGGAAUAAGUGAUAAGACAGGUAGG